UUUCCUUUUUCUCUAUCUUGUGAUGGCCGAUAAAUUUCGCCGUUGGCGGGCUGUUGGACCCGUCCCUCGCUUCCCGUGCUCGUCGAUCUCGGGUCUCCCUCUGGAGGGAAUCGCCUCGGGAGACGACUCCCAGGACCUCUCGUAUUCGGGAUAUUGGACGGUUGAAAGAAACGAUUGGAUGGUGGCGGAGGUAGACCGACAAUUUGCCGCGAAAUUUUCUGCAUGUACGGAAUCUUUCCCACGCGAGUCCUGCUCUAACGGCGACGAAAAUUCUUUGAUGAUAUCGUCUUUUGGGAAACUAGGGUUUGCUCGUUUUUCCUCAAUGUGGUUCGUCGCGAUCGAUGACGAUCUCUAGUGUUGUUUUCGGGAUUUCGAUGCCAUCGGUUUUGCCGUAGACGGGAGAGAGAUUUUAUUUUCUCUUACGUGGAUGCACGAGAGGUGGUUUGGUCAGGGCGCUGGGCCGAUCGGAUCCGCCGGAGGUGCGAAGGCGGGAUGGACUCUCAAGGGAGCGGCUCGCUGUUCAUGGAGGAUUUCGGCCAGAAAGUCGACUUGACGCGAAGGAUACGCGAGGUUCUGGUGAAUUAUCCUGAGGGGACGACCGUGCUGAAGGAGCUGGUCCAGAAUGCGGACGACGCCGGCGCUACGAAGAUAUGCCUGUGUCUGGACCGCAGGGUGCAUGGAAUCGACUCAUUGUUGUCGGAGAGUCUGGCGCAGUGGCAGGGCCCGGCGUUGCUUGCUUACAACGAUUCAGUAUUCUCAGAGGAGGAUUUCGUGAGCAUAUCUCGGAUAGGAGACAGCAAGAAGCAGGGGCAGGCAUGGAAAACCGGGCGUUUCGGGGUUGGCUUCAACUCAGUUUAUCACCUCACAGAUCUACCUUCUUUUGUGAGUGGGAAGUAUGUGGUAUUAUUUGAUCCGCAGGGGAUACACCUUCCAAAUGUCUCAGCUGCUAAUCCAGGAAAACGUUUGGAUUAUGUUAGUUCCUCUGCUAUUUCUCUUUACAGUGAUCAGUUCUUACCGUAUUGUGGUUUUGGCUGUGACAUGCGGAGGCCUUUCAGUGGAACAUUAUUCCGUUUUCCUUUGAGAAGUGCUGAUCAGGCAGCUACAAGUAAGCUCUCCAAGCAGGUGUAUUCUGAAAAUGACAUCAUUUCCAUGUUUAAUCAGUUCUAUGAUGAGGCUGUUUUUUCACUGCUUUUUCUUAAGAGUGUUACAUCCAUAGAAAUGUAUACUUGGGAUGCUAAUGCUAUUAAACCACAGAAGCUAUAUUCAUGCUUUAUUCAAUCACCGGCUAAUGACAUAGUUUUUCAUCGUCAGGCAAUUUUGAGAUUGUCUAAGUCGGUAAAAUCCUCAACUAACCAGAUAGAUUCCUUUUCGUUGAACUUUUCAAGAGAGAGACUUUGUGGAACUAGCCUGGAGAAGAGGACAGACACAUUCUAUAUUGUAAAUGCUAUGGCAUCUUCAUCAAGCAGAAUUGGCAUCUUUGCAGCAAAUGCAGCAAAAGAACAUGGUCUACACCUUCUGCCCUGGGCAGCAGUUGCAGCAUGUAUUACAGAUGGAUUGGCUGAGGAUGACUCUUUUAAAGAUGGUCGUGCAUUUUGUUUCUUGCCUUUACCAAUAAGGACAGGAUUGACAGUGCAAGUCAAUGGUUAUUUUGAACUUUCAUCGAAUCGGCGAAGUAUUUGGUUUGGGGCUGACAUGGAUAGGGGUGGAAAACUUCGAUCUGAUUGGAAUAUGCUUUUACUGGAGGAUGUUGUUUCUGUGGCUUUUAACGAGUUGCUGCUCUCUGUCAGGAAGUUUAUGGGUCCUACACAGGCAUAUUAUUCAUUAUGGCCAUAUGGUUCAUUUGAUGAACCAUGGAAUAUUUUGGUGCAACAAAUUUAUAGGCACAUUGUCAACUUGCCAGUUGUCUACUCUGGUGUUGAAGGUGGGAAGUGGAUGUCCCUAUCUGAAGCUUUUAUUCAUGACAGAGGCUUUGCUAAGAGCGAAGUGCUUUAUGAGGCUCUCAUUCUCCAGGGGAUGCCAGUUGUUAGUUUGUCAAAUUCCCUGGUUGACAUGCUAUUCAAUUAUGCUGCUGAGAUUCAUCAGCGUUUAGUUUCACCUAACACAGUACGCCACUUUCUUAAGCAGGCAAUGUGCUUGACGGCAUUACCUAGAGAUUACAAGUUAGUCUUGCUGGAGUACUGUCUUGAUGAUCUGAUUGAUGCUGAUGUUGGAAAGCUUGCUUGCGGGCUGCCAUUGGUGCCUUUAGCAAGUGGAGAGUUUGGAAUCUUUUCAGAGUCCAGCAGUAUGCCAUCUUAUUUUAUAGGUAAUGAUUUAGAAUAUGAGUUGCUUGCCCAAAUUACUGAUUUUCUGAUCGACCGAAAUAUUCCGCUUGAUCUCUUCAGUAGAUUGUCCAAUAUUGCAAAAACUUCUGGGGCAAAUGUUGGUUUGUUCAGUCCCAAUUUUUUCCUUCAUUUCUUGGACAGAUUUAUGCCUUAUGAAUGGAAAUGCCAGGAUAUUGUCGUAUUUGAACCGGAAAACAAUGUAAGCCAGCCCAGUGCUUGCUGGUUUGUGAUUUUUUGGCAGUAUCUACGAGAACAAUGUGAUGACCUGUCGAUCUUCCAUGAGUGGCCAAUAUUUCCAGUGUUACCUAGACAUUUAUGCAGAGCUUCUGAAACGUCAAGAUUGACAAAUGCAGCAAAUCUAUCUGAUACUUUGAAGAACAUCCUAGUUACGAUUGGGUGUAAAAUACUAAACCCCGAGUACCAAAUAGGGCAUCCCCAAUUGACUCUUUACAUUCAUGAAGCAAACGGUGCUGGCAUUUUGGAUGCAAUUUUUGAUGCAGUUACUUCAAGCUGUGAGGGCUUGCUGACAAUAUUUCAAAAAUUUAGUCCAGCUGAGAAAGAUGAACUUCGGCAAUAUCUUCUUGAUCCAAAGUGGUACCUUGGAUAUGGAGUUUCAAAGUCUUACAUCAACAAGUGUAGGAUGAUCCCAAUGUAUAGGGUUUACAGUGAAGGAUCCACUGAUCUUUGUGUAUUUUCGGAUCUGGAAUGGUCUAGGAAGUUCCUACCACCCCUUGGUGUUGCUGACUGCCUUCUUGGUAAUGAGUUCAUUAAAUGUUUGUCAAACAGUGAAGAAGACAUCUUGUCUAGAUAUUAUGGGAUUCAACGUAUGGAAAGAGCUUUAUUUUACAAGCAAAAGGUGUUGACAAGGACUGCUGAACUGCUGCCUGAGGUUCGAGAUUCUUUGAUGCUCUCAAUUUUGCAAGAUCUGCCUCAACUUUGUGUGCAGGAUCCAUCUUUUAGAGAAACCUUGAGGAGCUUGGAAUUUGUCCCAACACUAAGUGAAAAUCUCAAGUGUCCUCAGGUGCUUUAUGAUCCACGCAAUGAAGAGUUAUAUGCUCUUCUUGAAGAUUCAGGCAGUUUUCCCUGUGGGAAAUUUCAGGACCCUGAAGUGCUAGACAUGCUUCAGAGUUUGGGCCUGCAAACGUCUGUAUCUCUUGAUGCAGUUGUUGAAAGUGCCCGCCAGAUUGAAUUGUUGAUGCAUGCUGAUCCUAUGAAAGCAUAUUCAAGGGGCAAGGUGCUUCUUUCAUACCUAGAGGUAAAUGCGAACAAAUGGUUACUUAAUAAUAGUCCACUGUUACUCAACAAAAUGCUUUCAAAGGUUGCAAUGACAUUCAAGUCUGCUUCCACCUCUCAAGAAACUAAUUUGGCAAAAUUUUGGAAUGACCUCAGGAUGAUAAGCUGGUGCCCUGUUAUGGCUAGUCCUCCUUAUGCAGCCUUGCCAUGGCCUAGUGCAACUUCAACAGUUGCUCCACCCAAGCUGGUCCGCUUACAAGAAGACAUGUGGCUUGUUUCAGCAAGCAUGCGUAUAUUAGAUGGAGGAUGCUCCUCAACUUCAUUAUCUGUUGGUCUCGGUUGGUCAUGUCCUCCUGGGGGAAACAUAAUUGCAGCCCAACUACUUGAACUGGGAAAGAACAAUGAGAACGUGACUGAUCAGAUUCUUCGACAGGAACUGGCAUUAGCAAUGCCAAAAAUAUAUGCAAUAUUGAUGGCCAUGAUUGGCAAGGAUGAGAUGGAUAUUGUGAGAGCCAUCCUUGAAGGGAGUCGUUGGAUAUGGGUGGGAGAUGGGUUUGCAACAGUUGACGAAGUAGUUUUAAGUGGUCCUUUCCAUCUGGCACCUUAUGUACGUGUUAUUCCUAUUGAUUUGGCUGUCUUUAGGGACUUCUUUUUGGAGCUAGGAAUAAGGGAAACAUUGAAGCCUGCUGAUUAUUCUAAUAUACUUUCUAAAAUGGCCACAAGAAAUGCUGGAAAGCCACUGAACCAACAAGAGCUCAGAGUGGCACUUAUGGUUGUGCAACAUCUUGCAGAGAUUCAAUUUCAGGAUCAGAACCUUCUGACCUAUUUACCCAAUGUGUCAUCAAGAUUAAUGCUUGCAAGUGAGCUGGUGUACAAUGAUGCUCCUUGGUUACUUGACAGUGAAAAUGGUUCACUUGAGGAAGAUUCAAUGGCCUUAACUGCAAAAUCAAAGCUUUACAAAUUUGUGCAUAACAGCAUAUCCAAUGAUGUUGCUGGGAGAUUUGGCGUGCGGUCUCUCCGUAGGCUGCUACUUGCAGAAAGUGCAGAUUCAAUGAACUUGGGUUUGUCUGAUGUAGCUGAAGCUUUUGGACAGCAUGAGGCCUUGACAACUAGGCUUAAACAUAUACUUGAAAUGUAUGCAGAUGGGCCUGGUAUCUUGUUUGAGCUUGUGCAGAAUGCAGAUGAUGCAGGAGCUUCAGAAGUGGUGUUUCUCCUAGAUAGAACUCAAUAUGGAACUUCAUCAAUUUUGUCUCCCGAAAUGGCGGAUUGGCAGGGCCCGGCUCUUUAUUGUUUUAAUGAUUCUGUCUUUAGUCCACAAGACCUUCAUGCAAUUUCACGAAUUGGUCAAGACAGUAAAUUUGAAAAGCCUUUUACAAUUGGAAGAUUUGGGCUUGGAUUCAACUGUGUUUAUCAUUUUACUGACAUCCCUGGAUUUGUGUCUGGAGAAAACAUUGUCAUUUUUGACCCUCAUGCAUGUAAUUUACCUGGAAUUUCCCCUGCAAACCCAGGGUUGAGAAUAAAGUUUGUAGGGCGAACUAUCUUAGAACAGUUUCCUGACCAGUUUUCUCCAUUUUUGCAUUUUGGAUGUGACUUGAAGCAUCCCUUUCCAGGGACCCUCUUUCGAUUUCCUCUAAGAAAUAAAAAUGCUGCUUCCCGUAGCCAUAUAAAGAAAGAAAGCUACUCACCAGAGGACGUCUGCUCACUCUUUUCAUCGUUUACUGAAGCUGUUGUCGAGACAUUACUUUUCCUUCGAAAUGUGAAAACUAUAUCAAUAUUUGUGAAGGAUGGCCUCAGCCAUGAAAUGUUACCUGUUCAUCGUGUUUCCAGGCACAACAUCCAACAAUCUAGCAAACCCCAGUCAAUAGACCCAUUGCUUGACUUUAUCCAUGGAAAACAGCAGAAUAGUUUGGACAAAGUCCAGUUCUAUGAAAAGUUGAGUAAAGUUGUAGACAUAGAUUUGCCUUGGUACUGUGAGAAGGUCGUACUAAACGAGCAAACUCCUUCUGGUGACAAAUUGCAUUUCUGGAUAAAAAGUGAAUGUUUAGGUGGUGGACAUGCUAAGGUUUUAUCUGUGACUUCAGAAAACAGAUCUCUUAAUUUCAUUCCAUGGGCAAGUGUUGCUGCAUAUCUUCAUUCAUGUGACAGAAGUGCGCUGGAAGAUUGGCUGGGCACUGAAAGAGAAAUCAAUGGCAACCUUCUGCACCAAUUUCAGUUGCCAGCAACUUCACUUCAGAGAUUAAGCAAGUUUGAAGGCCGUGCUUUUUGCUUUCUCCCACUGCCCAUAAGCACUGGUCUCCCAGUUCAUAUUAACUCAUACUUUGAGUUGUCAUCAAACAGAAGGGACAUUUGGUUUGGUAAUGACAUGACAGGGUGUGGAAAAGUUCGAUCUGAUUGGAAUAUUUCCCUUCUUGAAGAUGUUGCUGCUCCUGCCUAUGGAUACUUGCUUGCAGAAAUUGCAAAAGAGAUAGGCCCCUGUGACUUGUAUUUUUCAUUUUGGCCCACAGAAGUAGGACCUGAGCCAUGGGCAUCCAUGGUGAGGAAAUUCUAUUCAUGCAUCACAGGUCUGCAGCUCCAUAUCCUAUAUAGCAAAGUGAGAGGUGGCCAAUGGGUAUCAGCAAAACAGGCUGUUUUUCCUGAUUAUACUUUUUCUGAGACAGUUGAACUUUCAGAAGUGCUCUCAGAAGCAGGUUUACCUUUGGUUAGUGUGUCUCAGCAGCUUGUGGAGCAUUUCAUGAGAUCAUGCCCAGGGUUGCAUUUUCUUACACCUCAACUGUUAAGGACCUUGUUGAUUCGACGUAAACGUGGAUUUAAAAACCAUGAUGCAAUGAUCUUGACCUUAAAAUACUGCUUGAGUGAUAUACAAGAACCAAUUGUUUCUGACAAGUUGUAUGGGUUACCGUUGCUUCCACUUGCAACUGGUCAAUUUGCAGUUUUCACUAAGCGUGGACAAGGUGAAAAAAUUUUUGUUACCACUCAAAACGAGUAUGACCUUCUCAAGGACUUUGUACCUCAUCUUUUAGUGGAUCUUAGCAUUUCAGAGGAGAUAUUUAGAAAGCUGCAAUCAAUAGCACAAGCUGGAGAUUCAAGCCUUUCCUCACUGACAUGCUAUUUACUUGAGGAGCUUUUGAUUAAGGUCCUACCAGCGGGGUGGAAACAAACAAAACAGGUAGUUUGGAACCCAGGACAUCAAGGACACCCAAGUGUGGAUUGGAUGGGAUUGUUGUGGACCUAUUUAAAGUUGUCGUGUAAUGACCUUUCAAUAUUUGCUCCAUGGCCCAUCUUGCCUACUGGGAAUGGCUACCUUUUUCAAAUUGUUAAAGAUUCAAAUGUUAUAAAGGAUGAUGGGUGGAGUGAGAACAUGUAUUCAUUGUUGCAGAAGGUGGGUUGUAUAUUUUUGAGGUCUGACUUGGGGAUAGAUCACCCUCAGCUGUCAGACUUUGUGCAAGAUGCGUCUGCAUCUGGUGUUUUAAAUGCUUUUCUUGCAAUUUGUGGUGAGGUACACAAGGUUGAGGAACUUCUUGGUAGUGCAUUGGAUGGGGAAAGACGUGAACUUCGAAGUUUUCUGUUGCAGUCAAAGUGGUUUCAAGGAGAUCAAAUGAAACCACUUCACAUUGAUCUAAUCAAGUCUCUUCCUAUCUUUGAAACAUAUAGGAGUAGAAACUUUGUCAGCUUGCAGAAUCCUGUUAAAUGGCUGAGGCCAGAAGGUUUGCAUGAGGAUCUUAUGGAUGACAACUUCAUUCGUUCAGAAUCUGAUAGGGAAAAGGCUAUUCUGAAAAGUUAUCUGUAUGUCAAGGAACCAUCAAAAAUUGAGUUUUAUCAAGACAACCUGUUGAAUCGUAUGUCAGAUUUCAUCUUGCAUCCGAAUAUCCUCUCAACAAUUCUGCAUGAUAUAAAUCUUUUUAUUACAGAAGAUUCUGAUAGUACACUUUUACUUUCAGAAAUCCCUUUCGUUCUCACAGCUAACGGUUCUUGGCAACCUCCUUCUAGGCUGUAUGAUCCACGAGUACCUGGUUUACUGAAGUUAUUGAAUAAAGAAACUUUCUUUCCUUCAGAGGAAUUUUUGAAGGCGAACGCUCUUGAUACUUUGGUUAGUUUUGGGCUUCAGACAUGCUUGAGCUUUAAAGGGUUGCUUGAUUGUGCCAGGUCAGUGUCUAUUUGUAACCCAGAGGAUAUUGAAGCACUGCAUGGUGGAAAAAGAUUGCUCGCUUGUUUGGAUGCUGUUGCUUUUGAACUUGAAAAAACUAAAGAAAAUAAAGGUAUCAACAAACUUCAUGAUCCAAUUUCUCUGCAUGAGACUGAACAAUUAACUACAACAGAGGAUGUUUCUCCUGGGAAAGUAUAUGAAGCUCCACCAAGUGGGUUGGAUUUGGAUAUUCAAACUUGCCUACACAGUAUGGUCUAUGACCAAUCAGAACAGGAAUUUUGGUCCGAAUUACUUGAGAUUUCUUGGUGUCCUGUUUAUAUUAAUCCGCCAGUGGAAGGAUUACCUUGGUCUGCUUGCAGCACCCGAGUUGCACCACCGAAUUUGGUGAGGCCCAAGUCACAGAUGUGGCUGGUUUCAUUCACUACUCGAAUUCUAGAUGGCGAAUGCUUUUCAGAGUACCUUCAAGAAAAAGUUGGUUGGUCCAAAGUGCCGGAUAUUAGUGUUUUGUCCUUUCAGUUGGUGGAAAUAUCAAAGUCCUAUUGUCAAGCAAAAAUGCAGUCUGAUGGUAGAAGACAGAUUCCUGAUGCUUUAUUACAGGAGCAGAUCCCAACUCUUUACUCAAAGUUACAGGAGUAUGUUGGAAAAGAUGAUUUUGAAGUCUUAAAAUCUGCUUUGGAUGGAGUCCCAUGGGUUUGGAUUGGUGACAACUUUGUUUUGCCUAAUGCUCUGGCAUUUGACUCGCCAGUGAAAUAUCAUCCUUACUUAUAUGCUGUACCCUCUGAAUUGUCUAGAUUUAGGGUUCUGCUUUCCAACUUAGGUGUGAAGGACUCCUUUGAUCUUUUAGACUAUGUUCAAGUUUUGCAAAGAGUGCAAUGUGAUAUGAAUGGUUCACCGUUAUCAGCUGAAUGUUUAAGCUUCGUCCAUCGUGUCCUUGAAGCUGUAGCAGAUUUUUAUGCAGAUAAAUCAUCUCCUGAUGCACUGGUGACUUCACUAUUGGUGCCUGACUCUAAUGGAGUUCUGACACGUGCAGCAGAUCUAGUCUACAAUGAUGCUCCCUGGAUGGAUAAAAUCGCUCUCGAGGCUAAAAAGUUGGUACAUCCAACUAUCAGCAAUGAUCUAGCAGGCCAUCUUGGACUGCAGUCCCUUCGGUUUAUGUCUUUGGUUAAUGAAAAUAUGACGAGACAUUUACCAUGUAUGGAUUAUGGAAAGGUACAUGAAUUGCUGGAACUGUAUGGGGAUGAUAAAUUUUUGAUAUUUGAUUUGCUAGAGUUGGCUGAUUGCUGCAAAGCGACAAAGCUGCAUGUGAUAUUUGACAAACGUGAUCAUCCCAGGCUGUCCCUUUUACAACAUAAUCUAGGUGAAUUUCAAGGGCCUGCUGUGACUGUUGUCCUGGAAGGGGUGACAUUGAGUAUGCAAGAAGUAUGCAACCUCCAUCUUCUUCCUCCUUGGAAGCUUCAAGGAACCACACUUACUUAUGGUUUGGGGCUCCUUAGUUGUUAUUGGAUAAGCAAUCUCCAAGUCAUUACUUCUGGUGGUGCUUUGUACAUGUUUGAUCCUCACGGUUCAGUUCUCAGUCCAAGUCAGACUUCGUCUGGGAAAAUGUAUUCUUUGUUUGGAACUAAUCUGAUGGAGAGGUUCCGAGAUCAAUUUCAGCCAAUGUUCAUCAAUGAGAAACUUUCAUGUUCAGCGGCAGAUUCAACUAUUAUUCGCAUGCCCUUGUCAUUGCAAUGCAUGUCAGAAGGUCUUGAGUCUGGUUCUAAGCGGAUAAUGGGCAUCUUUGAGAAUUUCAUUGCUCAUGCGUCAUCAUCUCUGUUAUUCUUAAAGUCGGUUCUUGAGGUCUCAUUAUCAACAUGGGAAGAGCCAAAUUCGCAGCCAUGCCAAGAUUUUUCUGUUCAUAUUGAUCCGUCAUCUUCUGUAUUGAGGAAUCCUUUUCCAGAAAAGAAAUGGAGAAAGUUUCAAAUAUCUAGGUUGUUUAAUAGCUCAAGCCCUGCAACAAAGCUAUACACCAUAGAUGUACAUGUUUCUCAUGGUGGUAAUGAAGUAACUAAGAAAUGGUUGGUAGUGCUUAGCCUUGGUUCUGGACAAACAAGAAAUAUGGCAUUAGACAGGCGUUAUCUGUCAUACAACUUAACACCAGUUGCUGGCAUAGCAGCACUUAUAUCUGAGAAUGGACAGCCUGCUUCUGUACAUACAUCCAGCUGCAUUUUGUCUCCUCUACCCCUUUCUGGCUCUAUAAAUAUGCCAGUGACUGCUGUUGGUUAUUUCCUUGUGUGCCAUAAUAGUGGACGGCAUCUCUUCAGAUCUCAAGAUGGUCCUGCUUUGACUUUCUCACAAUUAGAUAUGGGGAACCAGUUGAUAGUUUCAUGGAACAAAGAACUGAUGUCUUGUGUCCGUGACUCCUAUGUUGAAAUGAUUCUAGAAUUUCAAAGGCUUAAAAGGGAUCCUUUGACUUCCCUUAUGGAUUCAGGGUCAGCUCAUGCUGUGAGUUUGGUUUUGCAUGCUUAUGCAGAACGUGUCUACUCAUUCUGGCCAAGGUCAUGGAUUGGUGUUUCCUCUUGUAAGGGAUCAGAAACUGCUAACUUGAAAUCACUCAAAGCACCUGAUGCAGUCUGGCGUUGCUUAAUUGAACAAGUGAUAUCACCUUUUUAUGCACGCCUUGUUGCUCAGCCGGUUUGGCAACUUUAUAGUGGAGGCUUUGUCAAAGCUGAAGAAGGUAUGUUUCUGUCACAGCCAGAGAGUGGUCUAACUGACCCUUUCUCCUUAACUACAAUAUAUAGCUUCAUCAAGGAGCAUUAUCCUGUGUUUUCUGUACCUUCGGAUUUGGUCCGAGAGAUUCAAUCUGUUGGCAUUUCAGUGAAAGAAAUCAAACCCAAGAUGGUCAGAGAUCUGCUGAAAGCUUCCUCCAUCUCUACUAUACGAUCUGUUGAAACAUAUAUUGAUGUCCUUGACUAUUCUGUAUGUGAUAUUAAGCUGGACUUACCUAGUUCCUCUGAUGCUGAAGCAUCUCGAGAGCGAAAUACACUGCAACAGAUGAAUAUGGAGCAGCUACCAGGAACUAGCAAUUCAAAUAGAGAUGUUAAUGCUCCCAGGUGGAGUACAAGCAUGUCAACGUCUCAUUAUACAGUUACUCGGAGAGCUAGUGGUUCUGACGAUGCAUUAGACAUGGUAACAAGUCUUGGAAAAGCGUUGCUUGAUUUUGGUAGAGGAGUUGUUGAAGACAUUGGCAGGUCAGGCACUUUUUCAGUGGAACGAGAGGGUAUACCACCAGUAGCUGCUGAGCUGAAGGGGUUGCCAUUUCCCACUGCAACAAGGCAUCUGGUGAAGUUAGGUGCUUCUGAACUAUGGAUUGGGAACAAGGAUCAGCUACAAUUGAUGUUUCCAUUAGCUGGGAAAUUCAUCCAUCCACAGUGCCUUGAACGAAAAACAUUGGCAUCAUUUUUCUGUGAAAAAAUCAUCCAAAGAUGUUUAAAACUCCAGGUUUUCUCCCCUCUUCUUUUAUCAAGUCAUUUAAGGUUAAUUUUUGGGGAUCCAUGGGUUAAGUAUGUUAUGGAUACAUGUAAAGAUCCUUGGGUUAUCUGGGGAGGAACUACAGAACCGACAACCUGGGGUCCAUCAUGUGAUUGGAUACAGCUUUUCUGGAGAAAUUUUAGUGGAUCUCCUGAUGACCUUUUACUUUUUUCUGAUUGGCCUCUCAUCCCUUCAUUUUUGUCUAAACCAGUUCUAUGUCGGGUCAAGGAUAAUCAAAUGGUGUUUAUACCGCCCAUAACUCAACCGCCUUCUGUCGAUGUGAACUCAAACCAUUCUACUGAAGGGAAUGAUAUACCGGAUAAUCCUGUUGCAGUUUCUUCUGAAGGUGUAAAUGUGGAAAGUUACAUCAUAUCAUUUGAAGAGAUUAAAUCUAGAUAUCCUUGGCUAUUGCCGCUGAUGAAUCGCUGUGGUAUACCUGUAUAUGAUAUGGCAUUUUUUAACUGUGGUGCACCAAGCUGUUGCUUUCCAAAGCUUGGUCAGUCACUGGGCAAAACAGUUGCUUCCAAGUUGGUAAUUGCAAAAGACGCUGGUUACUUGUUGCAACCAGUUUCUCUUGCUGAUGUUGACAAAGAUGAACUCUUCUCCCUCUUUUCAUUCGAUUUCACUCCUCAUGGCUCUUCAUACAGCAGAGAAGAACUGGAUUUGUUGAAGAUUCUCCCCAUGUUUAAGACAGUUACUGGUACAUAUGUGGACUUGCUUGCACAGGAACAAUGUAUUGUAUCAUCUGGUGCCUUUUUUCAACCUUAUGAUGUGAGAUGCCUUUCCCAGUCGAUAGCUUCAAGCGGGAAACACUUUCUAUCUGCACUUGGUGUACUGGAGUUGCAUAAUCGGGAUAUCUUGGUGAAGUUUGCACUACCUGGAUUUGAAAAUAAGACUGAGCAUGAUCAGGAAUAUAUUUUGAUGUAUAUUUAUUUAAAUUGGGGUGACCUUCAAUCUGAUACUGAAAUACUUGAUGCUUUGAAAGAGACUAAGUUUGUUCAAAGUGCUGAGGAAAAUGCAACAGAACUAUUCAAACCCAAGGAAUUGCUUGAUCCUAGUGACCCUUUGCUGAAGUCUGUUUUUGCUGGAGAAAGAAAUAAGUUCCCUGGUGAAAAGUUUGCUGCGGAUGGUUGGCUUCGUAUUUUGAAGAAGACAGGCCUUCAGACAGUGCCUCAAGCUGAUGUGAUGCUUGAGUGUGCGAGGAAAGUGGAAUUCUUAGGCAGCAAACUUUCAAAAACUGUUGAAGAUCCUUUUAUGCUUGAUUCUGAGCUUUCCAAAAGUGAUGUUACACUAGAAAUAUGGUCUUUGGCUGGGUCUGUGGUGGAAGCUAUCUUGAAACACUUUCCUGUGCUAUAUGGGAAUAAUUUCUGCAGUUUACUCAGUAACAUUGCGUUUGUGCCUGCUGAGAUGGGUUUGCCAAGCAUUGAUGGGAAAAAUGGUGGCAAAAAAGUCCUUUCUUCUUAUAACAAUGCAAUUCUAUUGAGAGACUGGCCUCUAGCAUGGAGUUGCAAACCUAUAAUUUCCAGGCGAAGUUAUCUUCCACCAGAGUUCUCCUGGGGAGCAUUACACCUAAGAAGCCCCCCUACAUUUUCAACAGUCCUGAGGCAUCUACAGGUUGUUGGAAGCAACAGCGGGGAAGAGACUCUUGCACACUGGCCAACAUCACGUGGUGUAAUGACCAUAGAAGAGGCUUCAUGUGAAGUAUUGAAAUAUCUGGACAGGGUUUGGGAUUCCCUCUCAACUUCAGAUGUAUCCGAGUUGAAAAAGGUGGCAUUCAUUCCUGUAGCAAAUGGUACGCGUCUGGUGACGGCAAACUGCCUGUUUGUGCAUCUACAAAUUAACCUCUCACCACUUGCAUUUGAGCUCCCUGCCCUGUAUCUGCCAUUUGUAAAUAUCCUCAAGGUUCUUGGGCUUCAGGAAGUGCUUUCUGUAGCUUGUGCAAAAGGUCUUUUGGCACACAUGAGGAAAUCUUGGGGAUAUCAUAGUAUGAAUCCAAAUGAAUUCCGUGCUGUUAUGGAGAUUUUGCACUUCAUUUGCAAUGAAGCUGGUCAGGACAUUACUGAAGAAUCUGGUAAUGAAUUAGAUGAAGCAAUCAUCCCAGAUGAUGGACGGAGGCUUGUUCUUGCAAGAUCUUGUGUUUAUAUUGAUCCUUAUGGCUCAAGAUUUAUUAGCAGCAUUGAUGUUUCAAGCCUAAGAUUCGUUCAUCCUGCAAUCCCUGAAAGGAUAUGUGCAUUCUUGGGUGUCAAAAAGCUCUCGGACAUUGUUAUUGAGGAAUUGGAUCAGCAGCAACCGAUAGAGUAUGUGGAUCAGAUUGGAUUGGUCUCACUGAGACUGUUGAAAGAUAAGAUCCAAAAUGAAGAAUUUCAUGUAGCAGUGUGGGCUAUGUUUAAUAGUUCGAAGAAUUGCGCAGAUACAGUUAAUGGUUUUUCUCAAGAACUGAUAUCCGAUUCACUGAACUCACUUGCUGAGAACUUAAAGUUUGUCCACAGCAUAUAUACUCGUUUUUUGCUUCUCCCGAAGUUGCUGGACAUAACACGAUCAACAGAAUCACAUGUUCCUGGGUGGGGGCAUGGACCUGGGCAUCGUGCUCUUCACUUUGUUAGUAGAUCAAAAACAGUCAUCCUAGUUGCAGAGCCCCCAUCUUUUUUGUCUUUAUUUGACACCAUAGCUGUUGCAAUAAACGAGGUGCUAGGAGUGCCAAAUAGCAUACUAAUCGGGCCACUUCUAGCAGCCCCAGAAAGUUCUCUGAUGGCAAUACUUCAUACGUUAAAACUGGGAUAUGAGAAAGAGAAAAUUGAUUAUGGAGGAAGUGAGCAGUUACUUGGGAAGGAAGUAACUCCACAAGAUACACUUCAGGUGCAAUUUCAUCCCCUGCGCCCAUUUUAUACUGGUGAAUUUGUGGCUUACCGUCCACAGGAGCAUGAGAAGUUGAGGUAUGGAAGAGUUCCUGAAAACACGAGGCCAUCUGCUGGCCAGGCUUUGUACAGAUUGCUGGUUGAAACACGACCUGGAGAGACACAGUCCCUUCUUUCUUCACAGAUUUUCUCUUUCAAAAGUGUUUCAGCGGCUGAUGGAAGCACCAAUUUCGAACGAAUUCAAAUGAGAAAAGCUGGUGUAACUCAAGGUCAGACACCCCAAAUGGGUCCUGAGAAAACAGGGAGCACGUCUAAAGAACUCCAGCACUCUCCAGUUUCUGCAGCAGAAUUGGUGCAGGCGGUUCAGGAUAUGUUAUCUGCAGUUGGUAUGCCUAUGGACGUUGAAAAGCAGACAUUGUUACAGACGACACUCAGUCUCCAAGAGCAACUGAGAGAAAGUCAAACAGCACUUCUGCUUGAGCAGGAGAGAGCUGACACAGCGGCGAAAGAAGCAGAAACAGCGAAAGGAGCAUGGUCUUGUCGGAUUUGCCUUAACAACGAAGUUGAUAUGAUGAUUAUCCCCUGUGGACAUGUGUUGUGUCACAGAUGUUCAUCGGCUGUUUCCAAAUGCCCUUUUUGCAGGCUUCAAGUUUCAAGAACACAUAGGAUAUACCGCCCAUAAGAUUGAAUGAUGGAACACCGUUACAUGCAUAAUUGUCUUGUUAUAUUACAUACAUAAUAUAUUUCUUGAUCAACGGACUGAAGAA